CCACAUACAUUGCUAUAGGCAUGAGUGGGGGCCAGCUGCACAACGACUCCCAGAUCGAUCCAGAUUUCCGAGCGAAUGAUUCUCACAAACAUAAAGAUAAACACAAAGACCGAGAACAUCGACACAAAGAGCACAAGAAGGACAAAGAGAAAGACCGAGAAAAAUCCAAGCACAGUAACAGUGAGCACAAAGAUUCCUCGGAGAAAAAACACAAAGAGAAGGAGAAAACCAAACACAAAGAUGGCAGUUCAGAAAAACACGACAAACACAAAGACAAACACAAAGAUAGAGACAAGGAGAAACGGAAGGAAGAAAAGAGCAAAUCAUCUUCUGGUGAAAUAAAAAUAAAGAAGGAAAAGGAAAAUGGUUUUUCCAGUCCGCCUCGUAUUAAGGAAGAAAUAGACAACGAUGGCUACUUUGCUUCUCCCAAAGAAGAUUACAAGCCUCUAAAGAGACACCGAGAGGAUGAUGAUGUCGACUACAAACCCAAGAAGAUAAAAACCGAAGAGCUCAAAAAGCCGAAGAAGAGGAAACAAGAAGAAGAAGAGGACAGCAAACCCAAGAAAAUAAAGAGCAAAGAUAAGAAGCCUCCUGAAAGAGAUAUGAAGAAGAAGAAAAUGAAAAAAGAAGAGGAACAGAAAUGGAAAUGGUGGGAGGAAGAACGCUACCCUGAAGGAAUCAAGUGGAAGUUCUUGGAGCACAAAGGUCCUGUGUUUGCACCGCCAUAUGAACCUUUGCCUGAAAAUGUCAAAUUCUACUAUGAUGGUAAAGUCAUGAAGCUGAGCCCCAAAGCAGAAGAAGUCGGCACAUUCUUUGCAAAAAUGCUUGAUCACGAAUACACUACAAAGGACAUCUUCAGAAAAAACUUCUUUAAAGACUGGCGGAAGGAAAUGACCUCAGAAGAAAAGAGUACCAUUACUAGCCUCAGCAAGUGUGACUUCACCCAUAUGAGUCAGUAUUUCAAAGCUCAGACAGAGGCCAGGAAACAGAUGACCAAGGAUGAGAAACAGAAAAUUAAAGAGGAGAACGACCGGUUAUUAAAAGAAUAUGGCUAUUGUAUCAUGGAUAAUCACAAGGAACGAAUUGCCAAUUUUAAGAUUGAACCGCCGGGUCUCUUCAGAGGGCGUGGCAACCAUCCCAAAAUGGGCAUGCUGAAAAGACGGAUAAUGCCCGAAGACAUCAUCAUCAAUUGUAGCAAGGAUGCCAAAGUUCCUCCCCCUCCCCCUGGACAUAGAUGGAAAGAAGUCCGGCACGAUAACAAAGUGACCUGGCUGGUGUCGUGGACAGAGAACAUCCAAGGCUCUAUUAAGUACAUCAUGUUGAACCCCAGCUCUAGAAUCAAGGGUGAGAAAGACUGGCAGAAAUAUGAGACGGCUCGGAGACUGAAGAAAUGCGUAGAUAGGAUUCGGAAUCAAUAUCGGGAAGACUGGAAGUCCAAAGAGAUGAGAGUGCGGCAGAGGGCUGUUGCGCUGUAUUUCAUUGACAAACUCGCUCUGAGAGCUGGUAAUGAGAAAGAGGAAGGGGAGACCGCCGACACAGUGGGCUGCUGCUCCCUCCGUGUGGAGCAUAUUAAUUUGCAUACAGAAUUGGACGGGCAGGAAUACGUGGUGGAGUUCGACUUCCUCGGAAAAGACUCCAUCCGAUACUACAACAAGGUCCCCGUUGAAAAAAGGGUUUUUAAGAAUCUUCAGUUGUUCAUGGAGAACAAGCAGCCAGAAGAUGACCUCUUUGACAGGCUCAACACUAGUAUCUUAAAUAAGCAUCUUCAAGACCUUAUGAGGCUGACACUUGGAGUUUUGCCCACUGGGCCUACCAUAGUGAUCCAGGCCAUCCUCUUCCAUGCCAAAGCAGAGCUCCUGCCUCUCAGCCCCGGAGCCUCCGGCAAAGCAAAGGCUGGAGAAAUGGUCCUGGGAACAGAAGGCAUAGGUUUCCUUCGAAUCCAUGAGAGUUUGACCUUGUCACAUAGAAAUUCCAUUUUCACGUGUUUGUUUUCAAUUCUUCCAGCGGAUGAGAACAUCCCAGCAAAAAUCUUGUCUUAUAACCGUGCCAAUAGAGCUGUUGCUAUUCUCUGCAACCACCAGAGGGCGCCUCCAAAGACUUUUGAGAAAUCCAUGAUGAAUUUGCAGACUAAGAUUGAUGCCAAGAAGGACCAGUUGGCUGAAGCCAAGCGAGAACUAAAAAGCGCCAAAGCCGAUGCCAAGAUCCGGAGGGACGAGAAGUCUAAAAAGACAGUGGAAAGUAAAAAGAAAGCUGUACAGAGAGUCGAGGAGCAGUUGAUGAAGUUGGAGGUUCAGGCUACAGAUCGAGAGGAAAACAAGCAAAUUGCCUUGGGAACCUCCAAACUAAAUUAUCUGGAUCCUAGAAUUUCUGUUGCCUGGUGCAAGAAAUGGGGAGUACCUAUAGAGAAGAUCUAUAACAAAACCCAACGGGAGAAAUUUGCCUGGGCAAUUGACAUGGCAGACGAAGACUAUGAGUUUUAACCUGAUGUUAAUGGCUGGGUUUUAAUGGAAGAGAGGGGAAGUAGCCUGGUUUUAGGGAGAGUGAUAAACUGUGAGCCUUACUUGUCCUUUAUAUUUGGGGGGGAGGGGCAUUGGGAGGGGAAAAGUGAGUGUCCGACCAAGUACCCAACAUCUUUGAGAAAAGAUAAUGCCUGGAAAUAUUAUAGAGGAGCUGAGCCUGUUGUCCUAUGGACAACUUAUUUAAAAACUGUUUCAGAGACCCAAAUUCUAGCUGUAUGGUUUGUGUUUUAUCUCUGGCGGGAGGACAAGAGGA